AUGGGAAUAGGGUCAAAAAUAGGUCUUUCACGAGUGGUUCGUUGCUUCCGCGAGCCACCAGCAGGGUUAGUUGGGCGAAUUUAUGGUCUUGGGGUUGAUUGUCUUCAUUCAUCAACUCAUUUAUGUCUCGCAGACCAGAAAGCUGCUUUGCUAGAAUUCAAGAACACCAUUUCUCUUUAUGGUUAUUGUGUUCAAUUUAUUUCCCCCAGGACAAAUACCUACAACGAAAGCACAGAUUGCUGUUCUUGGGAGGGAGUCAGCUACAACCAGUUGACCGGUCAUGUAAACGCCGUUAAUCUUAGUGGUAGCUGCCGUUACGGUUCUCUCCCUGCAAACACCAGCCUCUUCCAGCUUCAAGGACUCCAACGACUCCACCUUUCUGACAACAAUUUCAACGGCUCUAUCCCAUCAGAGUUAUUUCGUCAGUUAGUGAGUUUAACCCAUCUUAAUCUCUAUCAUUCUGGAUUUUCUGACUUAAUCCCACAUGAAAUCAGUCUCCUAUCCAAUUUGGUUUCACUGGAUCUUUCCAGUUAUUGCUUUCCGGCCAGCUUGAGAUUUGAUGCCCAAGCUUUUGACAUGCUUGCACGAAACUUAACCAAAUUAAGAAACCUUGCCCUUCAAUGUGUAGAUAUGUCUGGUGUUGCAGUCACUUCCUUCGUAAACUUUAGUUCAUCUCUGGGACGUUUGAGUCUCGGAGAUUGUCAAUUACAUGGGCAAUUUCCUAGUGAAGCUUUUCGCCUUCCAUACCUCCAACACGUAGAUUUAGAUUGGAAUCAAAAUCUCACAGGUUUUCUCCCUAAGACAUACUUGAGUCUUGCCCUUGAGUUGUUGGACCUUUCCUUUUGUAGUGGGUCAAUUCCUGCAUCAUUUGGAAAUCUCACUCAAAUCACCUUCCUAGAUUUUUCUGAAAAUAAUUUUGGAGGACAAAUUCCAGAUCAUAAAACAGUUUUUCGGACAUCAAGGUUAGAGGUUUUAGAUCUUUCCAAUAACAAGAUUACCGGCCGAAUUUCCAAAUGGGAAGCAGAAGGGGCCAAUUCUCUCAACUUCUUGAAUCUUCAAAUGCCAAAUCCACUACUAUUCUUGAUCAUAUUUUUUAUUUCAGAGAAUAAAUUGACCGGAAAUAUCCCUUCCCUGAUUUGCAAUCGGACAUCCCUUGUGGUUCUCGACUUGUCUAAAAAUAGCUUGAGUGGAACUAUUCCAGAAUGUCUUGGAAAUGUCAGCUAUGGUCUCCAGUUCUUGAAUUUGCAGAUGAAUAACUUUUAUGGCGAAAUCCCUGAUUCUUUUAUGAAUAAUAUGUUGAGAAAUCUUUUACUCAAUGACAAUCAAUUGGAAGGAUCACUGCCUCGAUCUUCGGCUAACUGUAGUUCUUUGGAAGUUCUCAAUUUGGGGAACAACAAAUUAACUGAUACCUUUCCCCAUUGGUUAGCUUCACUUCCAAGGCUGCAAGUUCUUAUCCUGCGAUUGAAUAGAUUGCAUGGUUCUUUGCCCAAUUCCAUAGCUUCUUCUGACUUCUCCACAUUGAGAAUAAUUGAUCUCUCUGGAAAUGAGCUCACUGGCCCCUUGCCAACAAAUUUAUUCCAAAAUUUGAGAGCAAUGAAAGAUGUACCUAAAAAGCCCCUGUCGUAG